AUGUUUGCGAUGAUAAGUCGGGUCCUGGAAUGGUUCCGGAGUCUUUUCUGGAAAGAAGAAAUGGAGUUAACACUCGUUGGUCUGCAGAACUCAGGAAAGACAACGUUCGUCAAUGUGAUUGCGAGUGGACAGUUCACAGAGGACAUGAUACCCACCGUUGGCUUCAAUAUGAGAAAAAUCACUAAAGGCAACGUAACCAUCAAGUUAUGGGAUAUCGGUGGUCAGCCAAGAUUUCGGUCAAUGUGGGAGCGGUACUGCCGUGGGGUGAACGCUAUCGUAUUUAUGGUGGAUGCUGCCGACGAAGAUAAGUUGGAGGCUUCGCGCAAUGAAUUAAUGCAGUUGCUUGACAAAGCUCAGUUGGAUGCAAUUCCUGUGCUUGUGUUAGGGAACAAGAAGGAUCUUCCAGGUGCUCUUGAUGAGCGACAACUCAUUGAACGCAUGAAUUUAUCCGCUAUACAGAACCGUGAAAUCUGCUGCUACUCAAUUUCCUGUAAAGAGAAAGAAAAUAUAGAUAUUACACUGCAGUGGUUGAUUCAGCAUUCAAAAACUCAGCGUUAA